AUGAGGCCAGCUGUACUCGAUCAUUCUACCACGGAAGACGAUGAAGAGAUCAAAUUAGAUCAGGAUUCAGUAUUUUCAACUCCAAAGUGUGCGAAAGGUGGAAAAAUGGCGGAACUAAAAUUGUUAAUUUCCAAACGUGCAACAGUGAAGGGAAAAUUGACGAGAAUCCAAAGUGCAAUAGUAGCAGCGCAAGAAAAUGCUACAGCGAUAUCUACAGCGCAGCUUCGCGUUUAUUCAAAAAAUGUAGAGAAAUAUUACAGUGAAUUUAAUGAGGUUCACGAUAUAGUUAUGCAAACGGUGCAUGACAAUCAGCGAGAUGCACAGGAAGUAAAGUUGAUCGAAUUCGAGGAACUUUACAACGAGGUACAAGUUGUCAUCGAAACACUUCUGGAUGCCAAUCGAGAACGUUCAAUUCUUCCAGCAGGGGGACAGCAUAAUGGUCAACAGCAGGUUGUCAUCCAUCAGCAAUCUCUUCGAGCUCCUUUGCCGACAUUCGAUGGGCGGUACGAAAACUGGCCUAGAUUCAAAUCAAUGUUUCUGGAUUUAAUGCGAAACUCGCCAGACUCCGAUGCAAUCAAACUGUUUCAUUUGGAUAAGUCACUAGUAGGAAGUGCAGCAGGAAUUAUCGACGCCAAGACCAUACAAGAUAAUAAUUAUCAACAAGCUUGGCAAAUCUUGGAACAACGAUAUGAGAACAAGAGGUUGAUUAUCGAUGUUCAUAUUCAAGGGAUCAUGCAACUCAAGAAGAUGGCUAAGAAGUCAUCAAAGGAGCUACGCAGCUUGAUUGAUGAGUGUUCCAGGCACGUCGAGAAUCUGAAGUUUCACGAUCAACUACUUCAAGGCGUGUCGGAGCUCAUGGUAAUCCAUAUAUUAUCAGCGGCUCUUGAUCAAGAAACACGAGAGCUUUGGGAGGCUACAAUUGAGCACGGUGUCCUUCCAAAUUACGUGGAUACUAUGGAUUUUCUAAGGAAACGGUGUCUCAUAUUAAAGCGUUGUGAGUCUGCCGUAUCAGCACUACCUUCCUUGAAGCAAGCGUCUUCUAAGGUAGCACCAUCGUCUAAAGCAUCCAAAAUAUCUGCUGUAGUCGCCACAUCCAGUGAGAUUGUAUGUGAACUGUGUGGCGGAGGUCAUCCUAAUUUCAAAUGUUCUGCGUUUAUAAAGAUGAACAAUGAACAACGUGUGGCAAAGGUGAAGGAUGCCAAGGUUUGCUUCAACUGUUUACGCAAGGGCCAUAUGGUCAGAGCUUGUCCAUCGCAGAGAACGUGUGUAAAAUGUAAUCAGAAGCACCAUAUCAUGCUCCAUCUAGAUCAAGUGGAAGGCUGUGUAUCGUCAAACGAGAAAUCAAAGGAUAAGGCUUCAGAUCAUCGGGAGGUCGCUGGGAAGGCGGAUCCUGAAUCUCCAGAGAACGAAAAGGUGUCAGUAACCACGUCUUGUGUCGGUGAUGGUUUUCUGCGUUCUUCUAAUCAAGUACUUCUUCAAACAGCGAUGGUUGAUGUUGUCGAUGUACACGGUCGGAGUCAUGCAUGUCGUGCACUAUUGGACUCAGGUUCACAAGCACACAUCUUGUCAAAAGCGAUGGCUCAAGUUCUUGGUUUACCAACUCUAAAGUGCAACAUAACUGUAGUUGGUGCUAACUCAAUGAAAACACAACUGAAAAGGGGAUUGAAUUUGAAUUUUAUGUCAAGAUACAGCGAUUUCCAAGACAGCAUUACCUGUUUGAUUUCGGAUAAGCCAACUUCAAUUGUCCCAUCUGUAGCAAUUGAUGCUUCAUCGUGGAAUAUUCCUCCCGAGCUACAGCUAGCGGACCCACUCUUUUAUAAACCAAGCGAAAUAGAUUUGGUAUUAGCUUCUAGUUAUGUGUGGGACUUGCUGCGAACCAAAAGGGUGUUACUAGAUAAUAGAACUGCAUCACUACGUGAAACAGAUCUAGGUUGGAUCAUUACAGGUACAUACGAACCAUACCAUCAGGCUUCUCAGACUGUUUUGAUAGCUAAUGUUGCUGUGCAAGAUACGUUACUCGAUCGUUUGGAUAGAUUUUGUUCAAUUGAGGAGGUGGAGGAGCCUCAAUCUUCCAACACCGAAGAACAAGAAGUUGAACAAUAUUUCGUAGAAACGUAUCGCCGGGACGAAUUUGGUCGAUUUAUAGUCAAGAUGCCGUUUCGAGAAACAGUUUCGGAGCUUGAAAGCAAUCGAAAUCUGGCAUUGAAGCGAUUUCUUGCUUUAGAACGAAAACUGCUGCGGAACCCAGAAUUGCGAAAUCAAUAUAUUGAAUUCAUGGGAGAGUAUGAAAGGCUUGGCCACUGCAAGGAGAUAACAGAAGAAGAUGACACUCGAGGGAUGUUACGGUACUACUUACCACACCAUGCAGUAUUUAAGCUGACUAGUUCUUCAACAAAGGUAAGAGUGGUAUUUGACGCCAGUGCUAAGGAGUCGAAAUACUCCCUCAACGAUGUUAUGAAAACCGGUCCAUCGGUUCAGAACGAUAUAUUCACCGUAAAUCUACGUUUCCGGCAACACGUCUUCGGUUUUUCUGGAGAUGUUACAAAAAUGUUCAGACAGAUUUUGAUCGAUCAUUCACAAACUCGAUUCUUAAGAAUCUUCUGGAGAGAGGAUUCAGCGAAGCCAUUGCGAGUACUAGAGUUAGUCACUCGCCCUUAUUCUGCAUAA